UAAGGAUUAACUGCAACCACUCUCGGAAAUGGGUGAUGCAACCUCGCUACUAGUCAGAAUCCCAAGCAACGAGGCGGAGAGAGGAGCUUAGCUCGCCCCGGCAGCGGCGGCAGCGGCGGCAGCGGCGGCAGCAGCAGGGCAGACGCCACCUCCGUUUCCAAGUCGGCGGGUUCCGAUCCCACCUUCGCUCCUCCAGCUUUGCUUAGCUCCAGGCGAGCCUUCGCUUCUCGGCUCCGGACAGCCCCAGCCCAGCGCCCUCCUCGGACUGUCAGAAAGGAAGCAAAAUGAUGCUUCAACAUCCAAGCCAGGUCCCUGCCUCAGAAGUCAGCGCGACAGCCAUUGUCCCCUGCCUGUCACCUGCUGGUUCUCUGGCGUUUGAAGAUUUCACAACCCUCACCCCGCUCGUCAAGGAAGAGCUGAGGUUUGCCAUCCAAAACAAGCAUCUCUGUCACAGGAUGUCCGCCACAUUGGAGUCCGUCACAGUGAGCGACAGACCCAUUGAGAUGUCCAUCAUGAAAGCAGAGUUUGCCCCUGAAGAGGACGAAAGGAAAAAGAGACGAAGGGAAAGAAAUAAAAUUGCAGCAGCGAAGUGUCGGAACAAGAAGAAGGAGAAGACCGAAUGUUUGCAGAAGGAAUCAGAAAAGUUAGAAAGCGUGAAUGCCGAGCUGAAAGCCCAGAUUGAGGAACUCAAGAAUGAGAAACAGCAUUUGAUAUACAUGCUCAACCUCCACCGGCCUACGUGUAUCGUCCGAGCUCAGAACGGGAGGACACCGGAAGAUGAGAGGAACCUCUUUAUCCAACAGAUAAAAGAAGGAACAUUGCAGAGUUAAGCAGACAUGAUGUGGAGGCAACUCCUUUACUCCACUUCUAUACCAAGAAACCCGAAGCUAUCGGAGAUCUGACUUACUAUGCACUUCUAGGAUCCUAGUAGCCAAGAGCUGUCCAGGAGGCCUUGCUAAGCACAACGCAUCGUUAGCUUAGCUGUGACUUUCUCAAAUCCAGAGAGUUGGCUUUUGGUCCAAGGGAAGAAAGUCUUGGGCCCUGACUCUGGGUCUUUGGGACUUGACAUCUUUACUGUUCCUAGAAGCUGCAGACAAGCCCUGCAGAUGGGUUAGUGUCCUGCUAGUGUCCAGUACCUGUAUUUGUCUUGUUUGGAUGAUACGAACAUUCUGGCUUUCAGUGAUAGAUGUCAGCAGUACAUCUGGGGGAGGGGGGAGGGACUGAACCUGCCCUCCAUUGACCGCUGGUAGGUGAAGCAGACUAACAGUGGGCUUUAUCAGUGUUUUGCAGUGGACAGGGGUGUGCUUUCUAGCCAAAUGUGCUGAUAUGUUACAGGAAUUACUGUACUCAGAGGCCUUCGUUUUCAACCCUAAGCAUUGUACUUACUCCCCCUUCCCCCCUCCCCCCAUAACACUUGCUCGGAUUUUCCUAUGACUCAUCUCAGAUCUGGAUUCUGAGGGGUUUGGGCUUUUGUCCCUAACUUCAACUUCUUGUAAAACUGCUCAGUAACUGAGUUUGCAUUUUAGCGCGAGGGGCAGGGCCCUGUGAUCGCUGCUUUGCCCCAAAGGAGAAAGCCCUUUUCUUGCUGAGUAGACAAGAUACCACGAGCAAAGCUGAUGGGUGUUAUUUAAAAGAAGUCUAGUGUGAACCCAGCCAUGAUGGUUAGAAAAACAUUUGGAAAAAGCAAUGUAACCUGCAAAGGAUCAGACUUCUCGGCUGUCAACUCAGCUUUCAAAUGACUUCAAGGGCCAGAACAAAGAAUAUCUUUUUUUCUUCUCUCAUUGCUGACUGCAGUCAUUGUUCAAAGCCUGAUGAAAUUUAGGAUUUAGUAACAAUGGUGUUAAUGAUAGACUUUUUUUUUUUUGGUGAUCAAUUUUUUUUAAAAAAAUUUGAACCCAGGAUGUUUGCAACUAUGAGUAGAUCUCUUGGUCAAAAGUAUCCCAGUUACUGUCUAACUGUUAAAAUUCUGAUGUUUCUGUGAAAUCCUCAGAUUGUUAAAGCUUGUUCAAUAUUAUCAUUACAAUUUUCUGUAAAAGGAAAUAUUACCUUAUUUAUCCUUAUUAACCAGUCAAUCAAAUAAACCAUGAGACUGAAAACGAAGG